GUAGAUUCUCGCGCAUGAAGCAAUGGACAUGUGAUGAACGUGAAAUGGUGAAAACAUAAAGUGAUGAAGUCCGUUUUCUUGCUGGCUAACAAAAUGCAAAAAAUCAUGCAUCACACUCUGAUUCUAGGAUUCCAAGUGAAUUUUUUGCGUUUAGAAAAAUAACGAAAUGCCACAAAGGAAGCAACCGAUGGCUUUAGAAGACAUGGCGAGAUCACGCAUCGUUUUUUGGCUUAGCUCAAGAAAGGACCCAGAAACUACAGUUAUGUCCCGGAGUAUGCAGGAUAGAGCGGUGGUCCCGCAUGCUUUAGAGCGGAAACUCGUCAAGUCGUUAAUCGAAAACUUUUUAUGUGUGAAUCCUCGGGCAACCUGGAAUGAUGCAUGCGACGGCUGGGUGAUGGAGAUGAUCGCGUAUUUGUUGCGUCUCGAUGCUUCGGAGUUGGAUUUUGACUGUGUUUUUAAAUAUCAACGCAGGCUGUCAAAAUGCAUCCCCUCAGAGAUAGAGCAAGUAAUCUGCAGAAACCUGCCGAAACCAAGUCAGCUUCGAAGCAUUAAGCUCUACGGCCUGGCCACGAAUCCCAUUUUGCAAUGCAUCGCAGCUAAUUGCAAAAUGCUUGUGGAGCUCACCUGCUGCUCUGGGUUCAUCGACGAUGAAGGGCUAGCUUCUUUUGGCGAUUUCCCGGACGGAAAGGGUUGCCCAGAAUUGGAAAUCGUCAAGUUUCAUUUUUGCACGCGGAUCACGAUUCCUGCAGUCGCCCGGUUGCUACGAAGACUGAAAAAGUUGACCGUACUAAGUUACGAUUAUGGGUUCCGUGCUGUUGCGGAGUUUCUGAAGCUGCAAGAAACGGUCGUUGAAGCGGGAAGUUUCGAAGAUGAUGGCGCGAAUGUCAUACCGACGUUGAAUUUGACUUAUAUGAUGGAGAUGUCAGACUUCAGUGAUCAAUUUCGCAAUAAUGUCAACAUGGCGAAAAUUGCGAGAGCUUGUCCCCGACUCACUCAUUUCAAACUUUUGUACAUGGAAGAGGAAGACAUUAUUUUCACGGAUAUUGAGCUGUUCAAGAAACUCAGUUCGAUCAGCAUAUGCGAAAUAAAGCGAGUUGGCUCGUGUUUUCAAGCUUACAUCUCAUCGUUCGGCGACAGUGUGAGAGAGCUGGACUUGACGUGCAAAGAUUUUCCUGUUGAUGCGGUGUUGAGCUUGGGGACAUAUUGUCAAAAUCUGGAAAAACUCAGGAUUUGGCGGGAGCUUUCUUCUGGAUGUGCGGUUCGGGGAUACCCGAAAAUAAGCGCUGGGUUCAGGAGUCUGAGGUUCCUGUUGCUUGUGAACCGGUUUAGCAAUAUGGAGAUUCCUGAAGGAGAAGUCUCGUACUUAUUGAGGAGCGCCGUCAAGUUAGAAGAGCUGCAUUUGAGUGGAGGGCUGAGCUUCAUGACGGACGCCUACUGGAACGAAUUCCUGAGGAGCGUGAAUCCCAUGGUUCGGUUGAGGGUUUUGAAUUUCGAUUCGUUGCCGGAAUCAAUUCGUUUAGGACUUUGCACAGCUCGACUGUUCAUUGAUUCAUGCCCACUUCUGAACGAAAUAUACUUGGGGUCGUGGACGAAUAUCUCGGCUUGGGAGCUAACACGUCUCAAGGAUGAGGUGGCUUCGAAUAAUUAUGAACUUCUCGUAACAUCAUCGCACAAUGCGGAGAUUAUGCUUGGGAAAUUUUGAAAGUUGAAUUUUCAAGACUCAUGGGGAUGAUGAGGGGCUACUUGUUUCAUUGCUGGUGCUGAAGGUGUUCCUUCCUGAAACGCAGUCUCAAUGAGACACCUUUUGAAUUCGUUUCUUUUCAAUUCUUGUGUUAAUUAAAAUGUUCAAGUGUGGCGAAA